GGAAUGCUAGGGUUUGUCAAAUUCGUUCGAGGCUACUAUCUAGUCAUGUGUACACGCAAACGUCGCGUUGGUGCUCUGGGAUACCAUCAGAUGUUCGAAGUUGAAAAAGCGGAGCUUGCGCCUCUCUUUAGUACGCUACCGCGUGACGAAGAUGAGGAAAAAGCGAGGGACGACAAUGACCGAAAAGCUAAUUCGAGGACGACCCCGGUAUCUUCAAGUCCCGACGACCAAGAAGAUGGUGGUCGCCGAAAUACUUCUCGGUCUAGCUACAAUGUUAGAAGAAAUUUUCGUUCUCCUUAUCCUCAUGCAGGCAGAGGCACAGAAGGACUUAAUGAUGAGCCUGGUCGAGGUCCGCAAUUAGAUUCAUCUCUGGCAGCAUUUGAAGUUGAUGAGCGCGAUGACGUCUAUGCAGCCGCGAAAGAUCAUACGUCUUCAUCUCCAGUGACAAGGAAUGUCGAGCAGGAUCAGGCUGCGCAGGAAAAUGCUGCUUACAUUAGCAGAUCUGAUACCUCUUCACGACCCUUGUUACAGAAUCGAGGGUUACCCGAUGAACGCACACUAGAAGAAGGGCGAAUCUCUGAAGAAGCAUCCAGCCGCGACGUUGCGUCGCCCUACUCAGAGGAGGAGCUUCGACUUCUCGAUCAAGAGGAAGCUAAAUGGGUGGAAAGAUGGCACUCUAUUCUGCGUCAAGGACAUUUUUACUUCUCCUACACCUAUGAAUUGUCGCGGACAGUGCAGCAAAACCAUUCAGAGUUGGAGGAAGGCAGCACCUUGUCGAAAGCGUCGCUAUCAUACACCUCUACGGGACGGGAGAAUGAUCCUCUAGAACCUGAUCCGCAUUUUUUCCGUUUCAUCUGGAAUCGACACAUGCUGUCCCCUAUAGCAGAGAGCUAUUCCCCUGAUCCAAGGUCUAGGAAUACGAACACUAGUACGACUACGACUAGUCUUUCUCAAAAAGCAACGACGGCAGCUCCAACAUCCUCAGGUUCCAGUAGUAAGGAUAGGCAAACAUCUGCCGAGAGCGAGGAAUCCUACUCAAGUUCACCCUUGGCCGCGACGACUACAAUCCUGCGACGACUCUUCCUCACUGUGAUUCACGGCUACAUAGAGUGCAGCACUGUGUGCAGCUACAGUCUGCAGCUCGAGGUUUGCUUGAUUAGUCGACGCAGCACGCUUUACGCCGGCACACGCUUCCGAAAGCGUGGCCUGAACGAGCGUGGGCAUUGCGCGAAUGAGGUGGAAACCGAGCAGGUCGUGACACAGCAACACCCGCACGCAGAUGUCUUGUCCUUUGUGCAGAUCCGCGGUAGCGUCCCGCUAUUUUGGUCGCAGGAGUCCGCGGCAAUGAAUUUUAAACCACCUAUCGUGUAUCCGCGACGGUCCGAUCCCACGUUUUCGGCCACUCGAGCGCACAUUGCUGACUUGUUCGAAAGGUAUGGCUCGCCCCUGUUUGUCGUCAAUCUAAUGCGCGGUCUCUCGGGAACAGACGAGGCUUUUCUUGGUCAGAAUAUGGAAACAGCAAUACGUCAAAUAGCCAAAGAAAUUGAUACUCGAACUCCUGGAGCAGCUCCUGCAAGGACUGCAGCUUUUAGCAAGAUAAAAACACCGAGGCCAGAGAUUGUGUACCAGCAUCUGGAUAUGAAGGCAGCUGGGAAAAACGACGAUGGUUCCUCGUCGAGUGUGACGAAUCGAUUUCAUGCGCUUCUAUGUGACCGGGCUGCAAAUUUGGUUGACUGCGUCGGCUUUUUCCAUGCGCAAAAAAUAAAGGGUCGUGAUGUUUCCUCCAAUGCUACUUCAGGCCAAGACCAAAAUAGAGGAAAAAGCGCACCUUCUACUAGUCCGAGCAGUAAGAUAGUGUGUCUGCGUGCUCAGUCGGGUAUCGUACGCGUAAACUGCGUCGAUUGUCUGGAUAGGACUAAUGUGCUCCUUUUUUUCCUUGGUCGCGAAGUGUUUGAGAGGCAAUUGUGUGCCCUUGGAGUGAUUCAGCAUUUUCCAGGGUAUUUACCUUCAUCCGGGCUAGUUCCGAACCCAUCCUACACUGCGGGCGGGCAAGUGAACUCGACCCUACUCCUCCAGCAAGCAGAGAAGUUACAUCUUCGGAUUGGCGGAAAAAGAUUCAACGUUUUCGACGGUGACCUGCCGCAGGAACAUGCUCCUGACUCAUCUGCUGGUUGCUUUGUUCUCCCGGAAACAGGAUCGCGCUCGGAGGUUGCACACCCCGACAGCUCCUACAACAGCAACAAUUCAUCUACUGCUGGUGCUUUUGGCAAGAGAGGCCGUGUCCUUACGGCGGCAGCAGGCACUCCUUCAACUGCGUCAACGAUGCGGUUACCACGAGUGAUUGAACUGGACUCGCACUUGGCAGCCCUGUUGAAUGACAUGUACGAAAUCUCAGGCGAUGCCUUGAGCAUGCAGUAUGCAGGCUCUGUCGCACACAAGAAAUACCAGAUUGUGCGAACAUUGCGCAACUCCAAGGAGAUUUUCACGAGCAUCCAGCGUGCCUACAACACAAACUUUCAGGACCAAGAGAAGCAACUAGCGCUGAACGUUUUUCUUGGCGUUUUUGACGUAUGGCGCCAU